UUUCAUAUUUUCAACUGUGAUAGUUGAAAAUAUUCAUAGGAUUUCAUUGUUACUGUUAUAGUGGAUAAUUUAGAGCCAUGAGGCUCAAAACUAAUUUGCAGAAAGAACCGAAACAUGCUGAACUUGUAAGUUGUGUUGGAUGGACAACUCCAGAAGAACUGUUCUCUGGGGCAGAUGACCAUAUUAUACUGAAGUGGAAUCUUAUAAAUAAUGAAACAACUUCAUUAGUGAAACUACCAGAGGAUGUUUUCCCUACAGAUAUGCACUGGUUUCCUAAGGCAGCAACUGGUGGGGGAAAGAAAGCUGGGUCUGAUUUAUUCUGCCUGACAUCUACAGAUGGAAAGUUUCAUUUGAUCGGUAAAACAGGACGAGUUGAGAAAAGUGUUGAGGCACAUAAAGGUGCUGUGUUAUCUGGCCGCUGGAGUUACGAUGGAUCUGCAUUACUGACAGCUGGGGAGGAUGGACAAGUUAAAGUUUGGUCACGCAGCGGCAUGCUUAGAUCAACACUCACUCAAAACAGUACAGCCGUGUAUGGAGUGGCAUGGGGGCCAGAUUCUGACCAAGUUCUGUUUACAAAUGGCCGACAACUUGUGAUAAAAUCUCUGCAAGCAAAUGCGAAACCAACAAUGUGGAAAGCACAUGAAGGUGUUAUAUUACAAGUAGACUGGAACCCAGUAAAUAAUCUCAUUCUGUCUGGAGGGGAGGACUGCAGAUACAAGGUAUGGGACACAUAUAGCCGGUUAAUGUACAGCAGUUCUGUACAUGACUACCCUAUAACAUCUGUGGCAUGGACUCCUGAUGGUGAACUAUUUGCUGUUGGCUCAUUUAAUACACUGCGACUGUGUGAUAAAACUGGGUGGUCGUAUGCAUUGGAGAAGCCUAAUACUGGUAGUGUGUUCAAGUUAAGCUGGUCAAGUGACGGAACCCAAGUGGCAGGAGCUUGUGGGAACGGUCAAGUUCUCAUUGGUCAUAUACUAGAAAGGAGAUUAGAGUGGAAUAAUUUUGAAGCGACAGUUACAGAAAGUAAAAAGAUAGUUGUGAGAAAUGUACUGAACGAGACAUAUGAUAAACUUGACUUCAGAGAUCGUGUAAUCAAAGCAUCAUUAGCAUUUAAUCACCUUGUUGUAGCAACAUCGGCACAGUGCUAUAUAUACAGUACGAAGAAUUUCAACACACCUAUGAUUUUUGAUCUGAAGGAAGGCAAUGUAUCUCUUAUAAUGCAAGCAGAAAAACAUUUCUUGCUGAUAGAUGUAGCUGGGGUUUACGUGUACACAUAUGAUGGAAGAUUAGCAUGCUCGCCAAAAUAUCCCGGUCUUAGAGCUGAUAUUCUUAACUCACAGACUGUUUCCAUCAGUAAUGAUACAGUUGCUAUAAGAGACAAGGCUGAUGAAAAAGUGAUAUAUGUGUUUGAUGCAUUGAGUGGUAAACCUUUAGGUGAUGGAAAACCUAUAACACAUAAGUUAGAAGUUAUGGAGAUAGCACUAGAUCAAUGUGGUCCUGGAGGUGAAAGGCGUCUUGCCAUUAUAGAUAAAAACAGAGACUUGUAUCUUACCUCAGUACGGGUGUUUGGUACAGAUAGAAAAACUGUAAAACUAGGUACAAUGAUAAUGUCCUUGUCGUGGAAUGAUAAUACUAAUAUGUUGGCAGCCUUGGCUGAUGGUAAAUUCACUGUGUGGUACUAUCCUAGUGCAGUAUAUGUUGACAGAGAUCUUCUACCUAGAACUGUCUUUGAAAAAGAAGCAAGUGAGUUUGGAAAUUGGUUGAGGCAUCAGAUAUUUGCAUGUGCCAUAUUUUACGCCCUUCGUGAUAGUAAGAAUAACUUGAGACUGUUAGCUCCACCAGGAUCAGACUUAUGGGAUGUUACUGCAAUGUCCUGCUAUGCAAAGGAUUACACAGGGCCAUUUGAGAGACACGGAGUACAGUUUAUACUGAAUAUCAAGGAUAUACCAGUAAAGGAUGCCAGAAAUGCUGAGAUGGCAUUACUGUGUGGUAAUCCACAAGACGCUGAGGCCAUACUUCUACAGGCAGGCCUUAUCUUCCGUGCUAUAUUACUAAAUAUACAACUGUACAACUGGGACAGAGCUUUAGAAUUGGCAGUGAAACAUAAGACACAUGUGGACACUGUACUUGGUUAUAGACAGAAAUAUAUGAAACAAUAUGGAAAACAGGAGUCUAAUAAGAGAUUCCUUCAAUACCAGGAAGGGAUUGAGAUAGACUGGGAGAAAAUCGAAGCAAAGAUAGAAAUGGAAUAUCAAAAAGAACGAGAACGACCGGAGCGACCAGUCUCCACAGCAACUACUUCUGGUUCCCGUACUGGUGUAAGUGGGGGAACCAAACCUGCUUUGAGGACGUAAUGCCACAUAUAUAUCUGUGAUAAUAUAUUAAAACUGAUGACCAAUUUUAACUUGUGCUUCUGAUAUAAACUUUAAUCUUUCAAUUUGUGGUAUAAGAAAUGGAAGCAUUAGAAAUUAGUAAAGAUUAUAGACUGCCAAUAUACUGGUAUGUAGGUUAAAGAAAAGAAAUAUUUAUGCAACUUUACAAUUGAUGCAUUUGUCCUUUAGAAAGUUGAAAAAAGAACAUGUUAGAAGUAUGUGAAUAAUUGUUACAGGUAAACAAUCUUUCAGGUUCUUAUUCUUUAAUACACAGUAAUUUGAGUAAAUGUGGCAUUGUUUUAUAAAAAAAAUUUCAAUGUAAACACGAGAAUUAUUUAUUUUCUUUGUCUAAUAGCAUGCCCUGUUGCACAUGUAUUUCUUUAUAUAUGUGCAGUUAGUUACAUAAGCUGAGUGCUCAGGUGACAAAUUCUGUAUACAUGUACAUAUUUAUAUAUGAAUCUGAUAUCAUUCCGUCCACGACUUAUAUUUAGUUAUUCUCAGCCAGUGACACAUCAUGUCUUUGAUUGUUAUGACAAACAUAUGUAAAUAUAAUGUUAUAUUUGUAAAAUGAUUUCCUAUCCUGGCAGAGAUAUUACUUGUUUUACUUGGUAUAGAUGUAAAUUUAGUGACAUACAAAGUUAAUUUGUCAAAAGACAUCAUAAGAUGACUAACAACCAAGAUUAAAUCCAGACAACAUCGUCUCUUGUGUAGGAAAUUGAAAUUAAUGCAUUUCUUCAUUACGAUUCAUGUGAAAUAUUGAAGUUGUACAAAAAUCUAUUUAUAGUGUCCGUCUGGUUAUAUUUAUGUAACUUUAUGAAAUCAUUGUAAUGUGUAUUAGUGAAUUAUUUAUUGAUAUCUCUUUGAUGACGCAUUUGUCAUCAGCUGUAAUUUAAGCAUUAAAAAUACUUUUUUUAA